AGAAGAAGAAGAAGAAGAAGAAAAGCAAGAAGAUCACAUGGGCGUGUCUGAUGUGACGUCAUCAGAUCUUGGCGGGAUUGGUGAUCCUGUUUCCAACGCAGCGCGGGAGAUUCAGGAGAGGCGAAUCAACGCUCGUGGUCAUUCCACAUUCAUCGGGUAGUUUGUCAAAAUGCCUUGUGAAAGGAAGCCUAUGCGCUACGGGCAUUCAGAGGGACACACCGAAGUCUGCUUCGAUGACUCUGGGAAUUUCAUAGUGACCUGUGGAAAUGAUGGAGAUGUUCGGAUAUGGGAGACUCUGGACGAUGAGGAUCCAAGGUUCAUCACUGUUGGCGAAAAAGCUUAUUCUCUGACACUCAAGAAGGGCAAGCUCGUGACAGCAAGCUCCAAUAACACAGUGCAGAUUCACACGUUUCCUGGUGGUGAGCCGGACGGCAUCCUUACGCGGUUCACCACACACGCCACACAUGUUACAUUCAACAGCAGUGGAUCCAAAGUUGCUGCUGGCUCCAGUGAUUUCUUGGUUAAAGUGGUGGAAGUGUCAGACAGCAGCCAACAAAAAACCCUGCGGGGCCAUGAAGGCCCUGUGCUCAGUGUCACUUUUGACCCAAAUGGUGACUUUCUGGCAUCUGCCAGCUGUGAUGGCUCAGUCAUUGUGUGGAAUAUUGAGGAGCAGGCUCAAAUGAUCAGAUGGCCAUUGCUGCAGAAGACCAAUGAUUUCAGCAAUGCAAAAUCAUUGUGUCGCCUGGCUUGGCAACCUCGCACAGCAAAGCUUUUGGCAGUUCCUGUUUUUACAAAAGUCUACCUGUAUGAAAGGGGGUCCUGGGAUCAUGUGAGCACUCUGUCUGAUGACCUAAUGACUGAGCCAAUCAAUGUGGCAGCAUGGUCUCCAUGUGGGAACUUUUUGGCAGCUGCCACUGUGGGAGGUUUCAUAACAGUGUGGGACAUCGAAAGCAAACUGUGUUUAGAGAGGCAGAAGCAUGAAAAGGGCUUCACAGUGUGCAGUUUAGCCUGGCAUCCGUCAGGCACUCAGAUUGCUUACACUGACAUUGAGGGCUGUCUGGGCUUGUUGGAUGGUUUUAGCGCGUCCAUAUCUAAAAUCACAAUGCCCAAGGUGAAUGCAGAAAAGGCAGAGAGAUGCUAUGAAGAUCUAUUUGAGGAUGUUGAUGACCCGGUCACAGAUGAAGGAUGGGAUGAUGACAACUCCCCUACUAAGAAAGCAAUCAGUGGGGUCAAUGAAAAUGAAUAUGAGGAUGACAGUUUUGUCAAACCUGCAAACGGGUGGGCGAAGAACAGAGGAGCAAUCCUGGAUGAUGAAAAUUCUCUUGAUUCAGGUUCACAAAUGCUUGAUCAACAUAAUUUUGGAGACAACGAUCCAGACAGUGCCGUGGUGACUACAUCUCCUUUGCCUGCGACGUUGCGGCCUGUUUAUGAAGUGCCACAAAAAACGGCACCCCAGAAAGCCUUUCAGCCAGGCUCCACCCCUAUCCAUCUUACUCACCGCUUCAUGAUGUGGAACUCUGUGGGGACAGUGCGAGGCUACAGUGAUGAGCAGGACAAUGCCAUCGAUGUGGAGUUUCACGACUCAGCUGUACACCAUACGAUGCACCUCACUAACUUGCUGGGCCACACCAUGACUGAUGUUUCCGUGGAGGCCGUGGUACUGGCAUGCCCAAGCACAGAUGAGCUUGCAAGUAAAAUACACUGCCUUCACUUCUCAUCAUGGGACACCAACAAGGAAUGGAUGAUUGACUUGCCUAACGGUGAGGACGCAAGAGCAUUGUGUCUUGGUCGAGGCUGGGCAGCACUCGCCACUAGCACACUUAUGGUCAGGCUUUUUACUAUCGGAGGAGUUCAGAAGGAAAUUUUCAGUCUGCCCGGAGCUGUGGUUUGCAUGGCGGGACAUGGAGAGCAAUUGCUCAUCGUGUACCACAGAGGGAAAGGUUUUGAUGGGGAGCAGGCACUGGGCGUGCAGCUGCUGCAGCUUGGUCGAAAAUGGAGGCAAAUCAUCAGCGGUGAACCUCUCCCAAUCUCUUACAAAUCCUACCUAUGCUGGCUCGGAUUUACUGAUGAGGGUACCCCAUGUUAUGUGGAUUCUGAAGGGGUGGUGAGAAUGCUGAACCGCUCCUUGGGCUUCACUUGGACACCAAUUUGCAAUACCAGAGAAGCGUGCAAAAGCAAAUCAGACCACUACUGGGUUGUUGGCGUGCAUGAGAACCCUCAACAACUUAGGUGUAUACCAUGUAAAGGCUCAAGGUAUCCGCCCACCCUUCCCAGACCUGCUGUGGCUAUCCUGCCAUUCAAAUUGCCCUUCUGUCAGACGACCACUGAGAAAGGACACCUGGAGGAACAGUUCUGGCGUUCAGUGCUCUUCCACAACCACUACAGCUUCCUAUCCUCUUGCGGCUAUGAAAUAGAUGAGGUGGGACAAAGUCAGUCAGAGAAAGAACACCAGGAGGUGCUGAUGAAGAUGUUUGCAUUGUCAUGUAAGAUGGAAAGAGAAUUUCGCUGUGUUGAGUUAGCAGAACUAAUGACCCAAAAUGUGGUGUCGCUGGCCAUUCAAUACGCUUCAAGGUCAAGACACAUGGCUCUCGCACAACGUCUCAGUGAGAUUGCGCUGGAAAAAGCCAGUCAGAUUUAUAGUGAACAGGAGGAGGAGACAGAGCACUCUGACAUCAGGCGGACAUUAUCGGGGUAUGACCAGAUUGAGCACAAAGAAAACUAUCACCACAGACAGACACUGGAGGACAAGCCAGACCAAGAGUUUGAAAAGGAUGAGGACCAAGAGGAAAUGGCAUCUCAAGAUGGACUAGAAGCUCCAAAAUCUAGCAAAGGUGGACGUUCCAACCCUUUCAAGGUUCUCAGUUUGGGGAAGUCCUCUCCUGUAUCCUGUCAACUUCGAAUGGGAAACAUCCUUGACAAAAUGACUUCUAGCAGGAAGUCUGCUCCACUAAGUGCAUCUGUAAGGAAGUCAAACAAAAGCCCCAUCUUCAAACCACUCCCCACUCAAGCAAAGACAAAGGCUCAGUCCACUCUCCUGCAAAUGACUGAUAAAAAGGCAGUCAUAAAGAAGGCUCGGGAAAAUAAUGAGGCCAGAGAUGAUCAAUCCAAGCAAGCAGAUCUGUCAAGUGCUCUGUCACAAACAGAAAAGUCUGAAACUAAGAGAUCCAAAACGGGCUUUGAGGUGUGGUUAGAAGAAAACAGGAAGCGCAUCACAAUGGAUCACCCUGACCUGGAUGAGAUGGACAUCAUCAGAGAGGCAAUGGGGCUCUUCAGGAAUCUUUCAGAAGAUGAGCGACUGGUAUGGACUGAGCAAGCAAAAGGUCCAGCUGGUGAUGUGAAGGAUCUGAAGAAGAGAAAACGAACCGAAGCAGACAGAGAUGAAGAAAAUGAAAUUGGUCAGGCAGAAGUAGAUGAAAACAAUGCCAAGAAGAAAAAAGCGGUGGAUCCUUCUAAGCUUUCAAAAUUUGCUUUUCAGAAGAACUAAAGUUAGUUUGACAUAGAACAUUUGGUCUUCACUGUGUUCAUGUCCUGUUUCUUAAGGGUCAAGUACACUCAUUGGCUUUUUUUGUUUACUGUCCCCUGAACGGUCCAAGUUGUUUUAUUGAUUUCAAUAAACAGUGACUGUAAGA